CAUCAUAGGUGACGCCCCGCCCUUCUGCUAUUUCCGCCAUCUUGAUUACCUCGUGUUGGUGCGGUGCUGUUCGGUGAGGUCCACAAUGAAUCAGGAGAAACUAGCAAAACUUCAGGCUCAGGUCCGAAUAGGUGGUAAGGGCACAGCCCGCAGAAAGAAGAAGGUUGUACAUAGAACAGCAACAGCAGACGACAAGAAACUUCAGAGUUCUCUCAAGAAACUGGCAGUAAAUAAUAUCGCCGGCAUUGAAGAGGUAAAUAUGAUCAAAGAUGAUGGCACAGUUAUCCACUUUAACAAUCCCAAGGUCCAAGCAUCCCUCUCCGCCAACACAUUUGCCAUCACCGGCCAUGCAGAGUCCAAGCAGAUCACAGAAAUGCUCCCUGGGAUCCUAAGUCAGCUGGGUGCUGACAGCCUCACAAGUCUCCGCAAGCUAGCUGAACAGUUCCCUCGGCAAGGUAAGAGACCUGCUCUGUCAUCCAUUCACUUGUUUCCUCCCAUGGCUUUGCUGGUGUAA